AAAACUGCCCCCACUCACCAUUUUCAUUUUCUCUCCUACAACACAUCCAUGGAAAUGACAAUUCAGUACCUUUGAUAAAAACCCAUUGGCCUUCUCUCCUAAUCUGCAAAACCCACAAUCAAUCAAUCGAUAAUUUGGUUUAACAAUGGACAGUCAGCUUCCGCCGUGUCUGGAGGGCUUGCUAACAGAGAAGUUCUUCAACUCCUGCUUAAUUCAUCAAGAAUCGAAGAAGAAUGAGAAGAAUGUGUUUUGUUUCGAUUGCUGCCGAGGAAUUUGUUCUCACUGUUUGCCCUUUCAUUCCUCUCAUCAUCUUUUGCAGAUUCGAAGAUACGUUUAUCAUAAUGUUAUACGUCUUGAAGAUGCCGAUAAAGUGGUGGAUUGUGCUCUCGUUCAAUUUUACUCAACCAACAAUGCCAAAGUUGUGUUUCUGAAUCAAAGACCUCAAGCUAGGCUAUGUCGUGGCUCCGGCAAUGUCUGUCUCACCUGUGACAGAGCCCUUCAAGACACUUUUCUUUUCUGCUCUGUCUCCUGCAAGCUUCAUCAUAAUAGUCUGUCGACUCAUACAAUGGAAUCGAAUUCUGUCACUUUGUUGCCGGAACAACAUGGGCUUGAUGACGGUCUGAAUACGCCGAUGUCGGUGCUGGAAGUUGUCGGCCAGACCAUAACUAAUUCAUCUGGGUCAAGCGGCAUUGGAUUAAUUAUGGGUUGUCAGGCGGCGGCAUGCACGGCGGCGUCUUCGGAUGUAGUUAGAAAGAAGAGGAGCAGUGUGUCGGUGUUGAGAGAGGCUUGUCGGAGUAUAAGUUCAAUACCGGCGUCGGAAAAUCCUGCUGUCGAAAUUGUGAAGAAUCGUCGCCGGAAAGGGACGCCGCACAGGGCACCAUUUUAUUGAUUUGGAGAGGAUGUUUGCUUGGCCUGUUCUGAGAUAGGUUAUCAAUAGUAAUUCUUUAACAUUUUCAGGGUUAUUUUAGGGAAUAUUCCUCCUUUUAACCUUUUCGACUUCCCCGCUCUAUCUAUUUCUUUCUCUUCAACUUUUUAACCAUAUUUGAAAUUAUUAAAGUAUUUAUUUCUCUUUUUUUAUUAUUAUUUUUUUAUUUGUCAACCUUAAAAUCA